GUAAGCUCAAGAAAACUUGAGACUCGAGUUGACUACUCUAUGAUUGUUGUUUUAGACCUUCGUAUCUUACGUUAAAUGUGCUUUUUUCCUCGUGCUCUGCCCCGCGAUCCGUCCUCCGCGUCUGCAACUUCCAAUCCUUGGCCUCCUGAACCCCAUAUUUCGAAAUUCCAUCAACGACUACGCUAUGUAUAUUGUCUCACAGCUCCUUGAAUAUGGAGCUCCAAUCUUCAUCGUUACGUCGCCCGUGACUUCCUAUGCGGACCAGAUCCUGAGCAUACACCGAAAUCGAAGCUCCGCUGGCUUCUCGCUUGACAUUCCACUGAUUAUGCUGGUGGCAUCGAUUUUGAAAGUCUUUUUCUGGGUUCGGCGACUAUUACUCUCUCGCUCUCCUGGCGCAGGCCAUCUUGACGAUUGGAGUCCAAGCCAUACUGCUAAAAGUUGCCCUGGACAAUCGACCGGCGCCCGGGCAAAGAAGCGGAAUCGAGCAUAUUCCAUAUUGGUUGUUCCUGGCCUAUUUCACCGGUGUCCUUUCCUUCAUCCACAUCUUCCUGACGCCCAUCUCGAGCUCCCCCACUUACAUCAGCUUCCUGGGAUAUUGGGGACUGGCUGUUGA